AUGUCAGCCGCCGACGAGGGCACGCCCAACGUGGCGUUCCAGAACGAAGCUAAAUAUCCGGGUCAAACCACCGAGUUCCGUGGCCCUGGAGUAUCCGCUGAGAACCCAGCCGGUGCCUUCCCCCGCGACCUGCGACAGCCCGACCCGGAUCCGAUCGAGGCACACCGCCCGCGCGCGACCAUCUUCCAGUCGAUCGAGAACCCCUACGCGCUGCAGGAGGCACUCACCAAGCUCGAAUCGGGCCUCGACGAGGUCAUCUCGCUCUUCCAGGCCGAAAAGAACACGCUCGCGCGCGAAGGCGGAUUCACAAAGGGCAAACAAGGAAUCGAGCUUUUCGAGUCGUGGAAGCAGCAACUGGAACGCAUCAAAGCCGGUCAAGAAUAG